AGUGAGACCUCCUUCCAUGGCGUUCCUUUAUUUCCGCUCAAAGCUCAAAGGGUUUCGGUUCUAACUUUCUAACCCAGAUCCAAAUUCACAAUUUUUUUCACUCACCUUUGAUCCUCUUUCGUUUAACAUGGGUAUGAUUUCCACCAUAAAUCGAUCUACAUUGAUCAUCGCUGGUGGUUCUAACAUUUACCGGAAAAACCCACCAGCGCCGCCGCCGCGUAAUGUCUCUGUUUCACUACCACUAACAGCCCUGAAAAGGGGACAAAUAUAUUCCCUUUCUAAAACCAGAAAACCCUUGUACAUUAUUUCAUCAUUAGAACCAUUUGAUUCUGAUCUUCCAAUAUUAAAGAAACAAGAUGAUUUGAAGAAAUCAUCUAGUUUAAUCACAUGUCAUGUCUACACCCCAAGUCGUCCAUUCGAUGACGAUCAACCGCCAAGAAUAUCAGAAACAGCUCAAAAGAUUAAAAUCGGAAUCUAUUUUGCUAUAUGGUGGUCUCUAAAUGUUGUCUUCAACAUCUACAACAAGAAAGUAUUGAAUGUUUAUCCUUACCCAUGGCUUACUUCAACUCUAUCUUUAGCAACUGGAUCUAUCAUAAUGUUAAUCGCUUGGAUCACCAAAAUCGCAGAUGCUCCCAAUAUUGAUAUGGAUUUUUGGAAAUCCCUCUUUCCAGUUGCAGUGGCGCAUACAAUAGGACAUGUUGCUGCUACAGUUAGUAUGUCAAAAGUUGCUGUUUCAUUUACACAUAUAAUAAAAAGCAGUGAACCAGCUUUCAGUGUUUUAGUAUCAAGAUUGAUAUUGGGUGAUAGAUUUCCUGUUGCGGUUUAUCUAUCGCUUAUUCCAAUCAUUGGGGGUUGCGGCCUUGCUGCUUUAACAGAGAUGAACUUCAAUUUGACUGGUUUUAUGGGUGCAAUGAUAUCGAAUUUGGCUUUUGUAUUUCGAAACAUAUUUUCAAAGAAAGGGAUGAAAGGAAAAUCCAUAAGUGGAAUGAACUAUUAUGCUUGUUUAUGUAUGUUAUCUCUAGUGAUUCUAACCCCAUUUGCGUUUGCUGUUGAGGGAUUGCAAAUGUGGAUUGCUGGAUGGAGAUUGGCCUCGUUUGAGAUUGGCCCACAAUUUGUUUGGUGGGUGGUGGCUCAAAGUGUGUUCUAUCAUUUAUACAACCAGGUUUCGUAUAUGUCUUUGGAUGAGAUUUCUCCAUUGACGUUUAGUGUUGGAAAUACAAUGAAACGGAUAUCUGUUAUUGUUUCUUCCAUUAUUAUCUUUCAAACUCCGGUUAGGCCUGUAAAUGCUCUUGGAGCUGCCAUUGCAAUUCUUGGGACUUUCUUGUAUUCUCAGGCGAAGCAGUAGAGAAGAAGUGAUUAAUCCAAUAUAUAAUCAGUUAAGAAUCAUGU